AUGGCUUCUUGUUUCCCCGAGCUCCUGCGACCUGGGCUUUGUGGGCGACGGUUUGCCGGAUUUUCUAGUUGUUUGCCUUCAGGAAAAUGGAGUCGUGGCUGUAAUUGGUUUUCUCGGAGGGGCAUGAGCACGGCGGCGUUGAUGUCGCCGAAAAACAGCAAUCCAUCUUCUUCUUCUUCUUCUUCUCCUUGGCUGAUGCUGCAACCCGUAUAUGAAUCCGGCGCCACCUGCGCGGCCGCCACCUACAAGUUCUACAACCUGGCGGAGAACAGGGUCGUGACCCUGUGGGACCCACAAAUACACGGCGACCUGAAUUUCCGGGGUUCCUCCGGCGGUGGCUGGGUAUCCCUUGUGCAGCCCGAAACCCACGAUGUGUUACUGUACAACCCCAUAUCCCGCCGCCGCAUAAAGCUCCCACCUUCCUACGGCCCAUCUGUUGAUCUAAACAGAGCACCCAUUCUCCAUAAGUCCUUCCUCUCAUGUUCUCCCGACACUGAAAAUUGUUUUGCCGUGAACCUAACCUACUAUGGAGAUUCCAUGGCUGUGUGCUGCCCUUUGUCCAGUGACAAUUGGAAAUGGUUCGGCACAAAUUCCAAAGACAGCUAUUAUUUAGACUGCGUCUACUCCACAACCCAACACACACUCUUUGCCCUAACCCACAAUUUCCAAUUGGAGGCUUGGGACCUGACGGCUGCAUCCCCGAAAUUGAUACGAAUUAUGGGUGAGUUUAGUAGUACCCUCCGCCGAAAAGAGAAUUUGACGAAGAAGAAGAAGUUGUUACAGUCGAGAGAUGACUUGACAUGUUGGCAUCAGUAUCAUCUGGUGAUUGCCGGAGAAGAUCUUCUGGUGGUGACUCAGUACAUCAUGCUAUCCGUUGACUCGGAUGGUUUGUAUGUUGACUUCGAGGCAGAAGAAUCAGCUUUCGAGCUCCCGAGCUCGACUAUUGAUUUUGAUAUUCAUAGAUAUGAUUGGGAGGAUGGAGAUUUAAAGUAUGUGGAAGGUUCUUGUUUGAAUGGUUGGGCUCUUUUCGUUGGUAACUAUAACCACUCUGUUGCGUUGCGUGCGUGUGACUUCCCAGAGCUGAAGCCUAACUCCAUUUACUUUACGGAUGCAUUAGCAUAUCAUUGUGAUUGUAAUAAAGGUAACUAUGACAUUGGCAUAUUCAAUUAUGAGGAUAAGACUGUGUCACCGUGCUAUUAUCCAUGCGAUCCUGGUAACCUAAAACCGAUGUUCCCAGCACCCAUGUGGUUUUUCCCAAGCUAG